UCUUGCUGCCAUGAAAAAUUAUAAGCGAGGAUGCCAUUACGCCGUUCUCAUAAGAAAUCGCACCACGGCUGCCUCCAAUGCAAACAACGGAGGAUAAAAUGUGACGAGGCUCGACCCUACUGCGGUCCCUGUCAUCGCAAGCAACUUUCCUGCACAUUCCAAAGCAUCGCCCCGCGACCUCAACCGGCCCCCAAGCUAACUAGUAGCCCUCAUGCGCUCUCUCAUGGCGAAUAUGGUCUGCCUCUCUCGGAGCUGGAACUCCUACACCAGUGGCACGUAGCUACGGCGCGCUCACUCGCUCACGAGGCACAUCUUGAAGAUGUCGUGCGCAUCACCGUGCCUCAAGAGGCGCUCACCUAUCCUUUCCUCAUGCACAGCAUUCUCGCAGUCUCGGCGCUUCAUCUCAGCUUUACCAGCCCCACCGAGCGACGCCGAUCCUACAAAGAGGCCGCCAUCCGCCACAACAACCUCUCUCUCACACUAUGCACUCCUCUUCUCAGCAACGUCACACCAGAGAACUGCCACGCGCUAUUCGCAUUCUCCUGUCUCACCGCCGUGUUUGCCUUUGGCGUCCAAGGCCGCGAUGGGCUCCCUAGCGCCCAGGGACUGAUUGACGUGGUCGAAGUCUUCAAGAUGGUCCGCGGUGUCGCAUCGGUCGUGCAACAGGCACGAGCAUGGAUCGAACAGGGCGGAAUGCGCCAACUGUUGAAGAUCGGCAAGCUACGCAAACGAGCCGCGGGCACGGUAUACGACCGAGAGCUGUGCUCGCAUCUACAGACCUUCAUCGAAGAGCAACUACAACCGCGGGAGCCCUGCAUGCAUGAGAACGUCGACAUCAGCGCCGUGCUCUUACAAGCCGCAAGGCGCCAACUCGAAUUAUUGAACAUGUACAUGACUAUGGAAGACCCCAACGCCAUCCUCGCAUGGCCGGUGCUUCUUGAUGCACAAUACCUGGAUCUUUUACUGAGAGUGGAGCCGACCGCAUUGAUCAUUUUAGCCUACUAUGGGACAGCACUGCACUUGCUGUUUGACAAUUGGUGGUUAGAUGGUUGGGGGCAGUUCAUCAUGAACCUUGCGUCGAUGCGGCAUGGCUCCGUGGGGGAUUGCAGGAUAGCGUGGCUGGUAGAUGUUAUACAAAGGGAUAGGGAAUAUAGAUUGAGGACUGCAUGA